UCUCUGCUGUACUUUCUGUGUGUUGGGUGUGAAAAUGGAGAUAUGGGUGUUUGAGCUUUCUAAAGAUAUGCACUCCUCCUUCUAAAGUCUCAAGCUUUUUCUCUUCUCCUCCUCUCAAAACCAGGCCCUCUCUUCCUCUUUUCACUCUCUCUCUCUUCACUUCUUCUUCUUCUUCUUCUUCUUCAUCAUCAAUUCAUCUUCCCAAGUCACAGUCUCUUUGCUCUUCCCUCUUCCAUCUUUGUUUGCAUGGAUCCUUCGUCCACGAGCUCCGUCAAUGGCUUCUACACGUUCCUCACCCGGGGGAUCGACGACCUCGAGCGCAGCUACCUCGCCUCCCCCGGCGGGGCCAUGUCGAUCCAGUUCCUGCAGCGGGCGCUCGCCCUGCUCCGCUCCUUCCACUCCAGCCUCACCCUCCUCGUGCAGAAGCUCCACCUCCCCGCCGGCGACAAGUGGCUCGACGAGUACAUGGACGAGAGCUCCAAGCUCUGGGACGCCUGCCACCUCCUCAAGUCCGGCGUCUCCGCCCUGGAGUCCUUCUACUCCUCCGCCAUCGACAUCGUCUCCUCCCUCGACCUCCACCGCCGCCUGUCCCCCCAGCUCUCUCGCCAGUUGACGCGGGCGAUCGCGGCGUGCGGGAGGGAGGCGGCAGGGCUGGAGGAGGAGAACAGGGCGCUGGUGGAGGCCCGGAUGGGGCAGCUGUCGCGGCUGCGGUUCGACGACCGCGCCGCCGGGGAGCCCCGGCUCAACGGAUUCAACGGGUUCCGGGGCGUUCUGUACGCGAUGCGGAACGUGAGCUCGCUCCUCCUCACGGUCCUCCUCUCGGGGCUGGUAUACCACUGCCAGGAGCAGAGCUUCUUCUCCGCCCGGGCUUACGGCGGCGGGUGCGAGUACGAGCGGCCGUGCACGCUGUUCGGGUCGGGGAUAAUGAUAUCGGCGGCGCGGCUAGAGCAGACGAUAGGGGAGGAGAUGAACCGGAGGAGGGGGAACGGGAGGAGGGCGAUGAUAAUGGUGGAGGAGUACAGGAGAGCGAGGGCGGGAAUGGAGGAGAUGAGGGGGUGUCUGGAAGGCGGGGCGGCGGGGGUGGGGGCGGAGGACGAGGACGGGGGAGGGAUGAGGGAGAGGGUGGAGGAGGUGAGGGGGUGUUUGGGGGCGUUGAGGGACGGGGUGGAAGGGGUGGUCGGGCAGCUGGAUGAUUUCUUUGAUGAGAUCGCGGAAGGGAGGAAGAAGCUCUUGGAUUUCUGCAGCCACAGAUGA